CCCCCACUUGGGGAACGUGUGACUCAACUUGCAGGUGAGGUGCAGACUCCGCCCUCCUCCGGUUUCCCAAAUAAAAGCGGCAGGCGCUUCCUGAUCUGUCUUUUGUUCCGGAUCGGGGACUACUUGUGUUGUCCCAUUGCAGCCGCUCAAAAUGGCCAAGGAGAAAACGCACAUCAACAUCGUGGUCAUCGGACAUGUGGACUCCGGCAAGUCCACCACCACCGGCCACUUGAUCUACAAGUGCGGCGGCAUCGACAAGCGAGCGAUCGAGAAGUUCGAGAAGGAGGCGGCGGAGAUGGGCAAAGGCUCCUUCAAGUACGCGUGGGUCCUGGACAAGCUGAAGGCCGAGCGGGAGCGCGGCAUCACCAUCGACAUCGCGCUGUGGAAGUUCGAGACCGGCAAGUUCUGCGUGACCAUCAUCGACGCCCCCGGCCACAGAGACUUCAUCAAGAACAUGAUCACGGGCACAUCGCAGGCCGACUGCGCCGUGCUGAUCGUCACCGCCGGCGUGGGCGAGUUCGAGGCCGGCAUCUCCAAGAACGGGCAGACCCGCGAGCACGCCCUGCUGGCCUACACGCUCGGCGUGCAGCAGCUCAUCGUCGCCGUCAACAAGAUGGACUCCACCGAGCCCCCUUACAGCCAGGCCCGCUUCGAGGAAAUCACCAAGGAGGUCAGCGCCUACAUCAAGAAGAUCGGCUACAACCCCAAAUCGGUGGCCUUCGUGCCCAUCUCUGGAUGGCACGGAGACAACAUGCUGGAGCAAAGCUGUAAGAUGCCCUGGUACAAGGGCUGGGCUAUCGAGCGCAAGGCGGGCAAAGCUUCCGGGUGCACCCUCUACGAAGCCCUGGAUUCCAUCACGCCCCCUGAACGGCCCACUUCAAAGCCCCUACGCCUGCCCCUGCAGGACGUCUACAAAAUUGGAGGUAUCGGAACGGUGCCGGUGGGCCGCGUGGAGACCGGCGUCCUGAAGCCCGGCAUGGUCGUCACCUUCGCCCCCGCCAACCUGACCACCGAGGUCAAGUCCGUGGAGAUGCACCACGAGUCGCUCCCCGAGGCCCUCCCCGGCGACAACGUGGGCUUCAACGUCAAGAACGUGUCCGUCAAGGAGAUCCGUCGCGGCUACGUGGCCGGCGACAGCAAGAACGACCCCCCCAAGGGCGCCGACAGCUUCAAUGCUCAGGUCAUCAUCCUGAACCACCCGGGCCAGAUCAGCGAGGGCUACGCUCCCGUUCUGGACUGCCACACGGCCCACAUCGCCUGCAAGUUCAAGGAGCUCCUUGAGAAGAUCGACCGGCGUUCCGGAAAGAAGCUGGAGGACUACCCCAAGUUCGUCAAGUCCGGAGACGCCGCCAUCGUCAAGAUGAUCCCCCAGAAGCCCAUGGUGGUGGAGCCCUUCUCUGUGUACGCCCCGCUGGGCCGCUUCGCCGUGCGCGACAUGAGGCAGACGGUGGCCGUCGGAGUCAUCAAGGAGGUGGAGAAGUCCGAGGCCUCCGGCGGGAAGGUCACCAAAUCCGCUGUAAAGGCCGGGAAGAAAUGAACGCUCGCCGUCGUCCGUCUUGUGUUCCUGCUGAGCCGCAGGAAAGGAAGAACGCACGCAAUCCCGCUUUUACUUUGCGACCAGAACAAUAAACGUCAGACGCGUGUGACCCA